AUGCGACCUUUCGAAUAUGGCAACACAAUUACCUCCCCCAAAAUCCUGAGCGAUGCUGCGCAGCUGCUUGAGCGUCAUCACCAACUUUUGCAGCUGAGUCUGGUGGUCCUCCUCCCAUUCCGUGAACGAGUCCCCAACAUUAGUGACCGCUACCUUGUGAAAUGUGCCAUUGGAAUGCACGCCACGAAUCAGCCAGGGGUUUCUCCCAAACCAAAGCUGUCGCAUGCAUUGGUUCAGAGGUUUGAGUCGUACACCAGUUUUGAUUUCGGCUGCUGUCGUCUGAUACCUUAA